CCAUUUUUGUGAUCUUCAGUGCGAUGCUGUUCUUCUCCUCGGCCACCGGCACCAAUAACAUCAACUAUCGGCUACUCCUAGUAACCGUGUUCUUCAUCUCCUCCUGCUCUCUCAUUGCCAUGGGCCUAACGUUCUACUCCGAGCGCGUCCUACUGAUGGCGGUACUGGUAAGCCUGCUGGUAGCGCUGGUCAUCAGUGCAGCAAACGUCUACACCUCCUUCGGGCGUAAUCAUCUCGGGUUUAAUAGUAAUGAAAAUCCGUUCGAGAUUAUUAACGAAGGUAGCACCGCGAAGCGUAUGGAUCAGCGGAAGGAGCUCACCAUCGUCUCAACAUUCGCCUGUGCCACCCAGAUCAUCGUGUGGAUACCGUACUCGAUGGGCAAGUACUCGCUGCUGUCCGUGCUGGCCUGGAACGCGAUCAUCGUCUUCGUCGUGUUUGUCGGCCUACGGCGCCGUUCGAUCGGACUGUGCAACGUUGGCCAGCGGGUAAAGCUGCACCAUCCGGGACAGGUGGCCGUCGGCUCACCGUACGCCGACCAUCAGAUGCCUCGCGACACACAAACGGUCCUACCGCCGGACGACGACAUAGAGGCAGAAAAUGAGUUGCGUGUGGUGUAGAGCUAGGUCAGCUGCUACCCCCCCUAAAACUACCGAAGAGAUUUGCUCGUAGAGACUGUAAAUAAAAAAAACAAACGAAACGUUUCGUUUCGCUAGCGGAAUUUAUCGUUCUUCAAGGGAAAUAAUUUAAGACGUUAGCACAAAAUUUAUCCCAAUAAGUCUCCUCCAAAAAAAUACCCAAUUUUAGUCACCGGUUGGCGAUCGUUCGCCCGCUGAUCACGCUCCCCAAAACCACAUCGUCCAAGCAUCGGGGUGGGAUUUUUUCGUUGUUGGGACUUUUCGUACGUAAGAAAAGGCGAAAUAAAAUAAAACAAACAAUACUCGAA